UUCAGGCAAAAACUGCUGAGUUGCGCUUUCCUUUCCGGGUGGGUAUGAGUAAAAUCUGAUUGGUCGUCGAAGGGCGAAAAGGAUUAGAGGCCUUUUGAGUGCUCUCCCCGUUGCUAAGGCUAAUCGCCGACUCAGGCAACAGAAAAAGAUCGGAAGAUUAUCCUUGUUUGUAAGGUCAAGAUUGUUUUUUUCGAUAUGGGGUUCCUGGUGACAACCUUAAUUUUCGUCGUCAUUGGAUUUAUUGCAUCGCUCUGUACCAGAAUUUGUUUCAACCAAGGGCCCUCAAAGAAUCUGUUGCACCUAACCCUGGUGAAUACAGCAACAACAUGCUGUUGGAUGAUGUGGGCAAUUGUAUAUCUUGCACAAAUGAAACCACUCAUAGUCCCUAUCCUCAGCGAAGAGUAAGACACUUCCACUACUCUUAAGUGUCUUCCAAACAAUGGUCAAAUAUCAUGAAUAACAGCAGACUCUCGUCUGGUUUUGUAUGUUGUAAUAAUUCAUAUCAGUUCAACAACUUCAUCAUUUUUUUUUGCUUUUGCAUAUUACACACAUCAUUAUUUCAACCAAAGAUUGAAUAAAUAAACCCUUCUUCCAUGUAUUUGUUGAUGUUUAUUACUUGAAGUUUGUUGUUGCAUCCUCAUAAUUGGAUAUGGAAAUGUAUUAUUGGAUUGUUCAUUGUUGUGAAGUUGUUAAUGGAGUGAGAAAAUAACACUCCAUGAUUUUUUUAAAGUAAAACUUUUGUCA